AUGAAGGAAGAAGAGAAGUUUGCCCUAGAGUGGGUUGGCACGAAAGAUGUCUAUGAAGCACUCCGUCUUGAAAAAAUUCGACGAGUGUACUCUUAUAAAGUGACCAACCGCACUCUCGGAAAGGAUAAGAACGAUCCCAAUUGCGAAGGUAGUGGAUCAAAGGACGAGAAUGGCAAAGAAAUAAGUGAUGAAUCUGAUAAGGAAAAGGAAGAUGAAGCAAAUGAAGACACUGAUGAUGCUGAUGCAGACAAUGAGAAUGAUGAUGAUGACGAUGCUGAUGAUGAUGACAAUCAGAAUGGGGGUAACACGAACAAUCCUCAUCAGGACCACAAUGCAGCAAAUCCCGAAGAAUCAUCAUCACACAACUCUCCCUCCCGAAGUGAUGACAAAAGGGAAGCAUCACUCAAGGCUGACGAAACUUCACACACUCAACCUGAAGACUUAUCUCGAGCUAUCGUCCCCCAUGUUCAACCAAUGGACGAAACUCCUAUAAAGAGAGAAGAUGCAAUUCCUCGUGAGGACAAAAUGGAUGCCUCACCAGUCUUCAUAAGCUCAGCAAGUGGUGGCAAAAUGGAAGCACCACCUCAAGCGGAACAAAUGGACACCUCUCCAACAAAUAUUGAAGAAGAAUCUCCACCGGUUUCUCCACAUCAUGUCAUGAAUCUUAUGAGAGAAACUAUUCACACAGCUGAAAUAAUCCACCGAGAAUACCUAACGCUUCGUCGAAGGGACACUCAAACCUUGGAGGACUUAUCUAAGAAGGUGGAUCAACUGAUGGCAGCUCAAGCUCAGUCUCAUCCUCCACCGCAUGAACAACCUCAACCACCACCACAAGCUCCACCCGAACAGCAAUCUAAUAUCCACCUGGCAAAGGAACUUCAUGAACUUCAUGCAUCUGUCGACAAGGUCGCAAAGCAACAACACGAACUCAAGCACUCGCAUUUUAGCCUCAAAGAGCGUGUUGAUUUAGCUUGCAAAAAGAUGGAGACUGCACAUGACAAUACCUUUCAAAUGGAUACCUUGGCUGCAAUCAACAAGUUGUCCACUCCUCCUACUACUUGCGCCGAUGAUGCCAAAAAGGGGGAAAAGAAGAACCCUGAUGAUAAGGAUGAUGAUCAUCCUAGGGACAACACGAGAAAUCGUUCGGAUGAUGAUCAUCCUAGGGACAACACGAGAAAUCGUUCUCCAUCUUUUGCACAGAAAGAUUCUGAAAGAAGAAGCACGUAUCCUCCACCUUCCUGA